AUGGCGGCUGAUGGCAACACCACCCAAACACCUCCACGUCACAUUCCUCUCUUCAACUCUCAUCUACCAGCCUUCCCCUCUACCCUGCUCAGUCUACUGCAUGUACUAUGUUCAGAAGGCAAUCUGAUAUUGCCUCCCAAACAUCUUGGCAUUGGGUCAGAUCUUCCAAUUUUUGCUCAGUUGCAGAUGCUUGGAAAAGAUUGGAUAACAACAUCAACAAUGCCAAACAUCAUUGAUCUCAUCUUCAACCGCCACAACUCUCCUCCCUCAUUGCUCUCUCACGGCUACUGUCACUACUGUCUCUCUAAGUCAUUGAACGAGACAUCACAACCAUGUCACACAGCCCCUCCCUUCAUCCAGGAUGUGGGCUCGCCUUGUUAG